AUGUCGGGAACUACGGCAGCAAGAAAGCAGACGCCUCAACGAAAAGUUCCGGUGACUUGGGGCGAGGCAAAGAAGAAGACGACUCGGACGAUUGGGGACGCAAGUGGAAGGACCCCGAGAGAAACAAGAGACCACGAAUCGGCUAUUGAUGCUACUGAUGACGAUGUGAGCUCUAUUGACAACCCGAGCUCUUCGGCAGCUGCUUUCUGCUCCAACACUUCGAGGUCAGUUUUCCUGGGCGGCAAAACCUACGUUUGGCCGAAGAGAGUGGUGAUCGUUGGUUAUGGGGUUGCCGCCCAUGGAAAUCGUCCAUCACCUCAGAUGGCAGACUUGUUGGAGAGGUUGGACAGGGAAUGUAACUUUUCUAACAAAUGGGAGGUUCGCUUGCAGCAGUCAAUGCACGUGUCGAAGCUUCAUGACAUUUGUACAUUUUUCAUUCAUUUCAGUUUCACUCAAUUGGCAAUUGAGGGCAGUGACAGUGACAGUCAUGGAUGGAAGCCAAGGGAGGCCGAAGGAGGAAGGUUUGGCAGAGAAUGUGGCCUAUACCAGCAUAUCAUGGAACAGGUGUAUCGUCAUCCCGCAGCGCUCAAGACGCUCCACUUCAUCCUCAAUUUUCCCGACAA